AUGCUUAAAACAUACCUCUCCGCGCUCUCGGCGUUCACUCUGCUCGAUGGCGUGGCUGCUCGUUGUCGUUCGCAGCCGGGUCAGCCCGGCUUCCCUACGAGAGAGGACUGGGGAGCGCUGAACACGACAGUGGAAGGUCGAUUACUCACGGUAGUUCCCUCCGCUAAAGCCUGCGCGGAGAUCGCUUGCACACCAGCGCAGUGGUCGAGUGCGGUGUUUCGCAAUACUCUACCAGGACAGAUAAACGCCUACAAUUGGGAGCAGAAUUACACGUCAAAUCCCGCUGAACUAUGUCUCUACAACAACACUGCUUCAUGCACACAGGGUGAUGUUCCUCUUUACGCAAUCAAUGCUACAGCUCCGGAGCACCUUCAGGCAGGCAUUGCAUUUGCUUCUCAACACGAUCUACGGGUAGCCGUCAAAUCCUCGGGACACGACUAUCUCGGGCGGUCAACAGCUCGCAACUCUCUUCUCCUUUGGACGCAGUACUUUCAGAAUAUAGAGUUCAACGAAUCUUUCACUGUUGGCGGGGAUGACAUGGGCAGUGCCGUCACAGUCGGGAGCGGCAUGGUGGUGGGCGGCUCUGCUGCCACUGUCAGUGCCGGGGGAGGUUACACACAGGGUGCCGGCCAUUCCGUGUUUAGCCCUGCCUACGGUCUAGCCGCCGAUAACACGCUGCAAUACAAGAUUGUCCUUGCCAAUGGAUCUUUCGUGGCCGCCAACGAUGUGUCGAAUCCGGACUUGUUCUGGGCUCUUCGCGGUGGUGGUGCCGGUAGUUGGGGCGUUAUUACAUCUAUCACCAUGAGGACACACCCCAUCUUCUCGGCGACGCUACACUCCGCGAACAUUACCUUCAACAGCACAAGUCAAGCCGCCGCAGCGAUGGAGAUCCACGCAAGACACUUAUCUGACUACGACUCCUUCCGCGCCGGACAAUACUUCAGCUUAUACAAUCUCGGUGCAGCCGGCGGGAUUCAACUCCAGAUGCGCACCUAUUUUCCCAAUGUCUCUAACGACAGCGCGCAAGCGGCUAUCGCGCCUUUCAUCGCAGACGUCGAGGCGAUUGGGGCUUCCGUCGUCAGUCAAACAGCGAUAACUGCGUUAGCCAACGAUCUUGUCGCUAGAGCCGAUGAUGAUGGUGGUGUCAACCUCGUAUUGGCUUCGCGGUUGAUUCCGGAGACCCAGUAUGAGCAGAAUCCCUCAGCGAUCGGUGCGGCCUACAAGGCUCUACUUGACCAAGGCGUUCUCGGUAUCCUUGGAAAUCUUGUAGCUGGCGGUCAAGUCGCAGAGAAUGCAAACAUCACUUCUGCGAUUCACCCCAAAUGGCGCACCGCAAAAACUCACAUCAUGAUGGUUACUACCUGGGAUGAUACUGCGUUGCCCAGUGAUGUCGUAGCGCUACAAGAGCGUUUUUACUCGCAGAACGUUCCCAUUCUCGCCGCGGCCACCGGAGAGGAGGACAGCGGCUCGUACUCGAAUGAGGCUAGCGUCCUGGAAACGGACUUCAAGGCUACUUUUUUCGGGCCCAACUACGAUCGGUUGCUCUCUAUCAAGGCGCAAUACGAUCCCAAGGACCUAUUCGUUCACGACUGGCGAUCUGAGAUGCAUCCGUUCGGAGGAUCCCCGCGCUGUCCGCGAUGCGAGAAGGCUGUUUAUGCCGCUGAACAGGUCAUGGGCCCUGGUAGGAAGCUCUACCACAAGAGCUGUUUGACGUGCAAGGAAUGCAACAAGCGCUUGGACUCGUACAGUCUCGUAGAACACGAAGAGGAGCCAUACUGCAAGAACUGCCAUCGCAAGCUGUUUGGGAAUCGCGAUCUCCGUCAGCAGAAUCUGCCAUACCGGCCUGCCUCGCCGGAACGUGUCGGUGCCAAUGGGUCGCCUUUCACAGGCGGUUUCAACGGAGCGCCACUUAGUCCAACACGCACCGGAGGGUUUGGUGCGGCCCCGUCGUCGCCUGUGCGAGCCAAUUAUACAGGCGGCGGGCGUGUAUUCGGGACGGUGGGCACAGGGCGGGCAUCGCCCGCGGCCGCGGCUUUGUUGCGGCCGACGCGGGCACUCAGCCCAACGCGCACGACGUUCACCGGCGGGAUGGACGCUUCGAGUUUGGGCGGAAGCUUCGACUCUGUUCCAGAGGAGGGCACACCUGCCGCCGACCCGGACAAAUCGAAGGAGCCAACAACUGCGGGAGAUGAAACAGAGGAGGCUGAGGUUGAGAAGACUCUCCGGCUUCCCCUUGUCGCUCCUGGCACCCCCACGCAUACUGGAUUUGGGCGGAACGGGAUGCCUCGUACUGGCCAGCUUGUGCCUAGCAGCCCUACGAAAGUGCGCGCGCCAGACUGGGACGAUGACGACUCGGCCGGCGUAUCUGUAUCUGCUUCGACGCCCGUCGCCACUGCCGCCGCCGCUACGCCUCCUCCGUCUACAUCUGCGCCCGCACUACCGCCUCGCGCAGGUGCAGCAGCCACGGUCGGCCGCCGUCCACUUCCGCUCACACAAACGCCUACCGGCGCAGGAGUGCGAUAUCCUUCGCCCUUGAACCAGACGCCCACGGGCAACCGCUUUGUCGGUGGGAGCUCGCCGAUAUGCCCGCGGUGUCAGAAGGCGGUGUUUUUCGCUGAGCAGGUCAAGGCUGUUGGGAGUACUUGGCACAAGGCAUGCUUGAGGUGUAUGGAGUGUAACACUACUCUCGAUUCGAAGCGCUUGACAGAAAAGGAAGGAACACCGUUUUGCCAUCGGUGCUACAACAAGCUUCAUGGUCCCGCCGGAAAUGGGUACGCGUUGCUGGGGAAGGCGGGUGGCUGA